AUGGACUUGUCAGUGAUUGCUGUUGGAGAUGUACGAAAUGUGCUCUCAGCUAUGCAGAAGAACUUGGAGUGCCCGAUAUGUUUGGAUGUGGUAGAAGAGCCAGUUUCAACAAAAUGUGAUCACAUAUUCUGCAGGUUCUGUAUGUUCAAACUCCUCAGCAGAAAGAAAAAAGGUGUGGUACAGUGUCCUCUCUGUAAGACUGAAGUUACCAAGAGAAGUCUGAAAGAAAAUUUCAGAUUUAAGCAACUAAUUGAAGGAUUGUUGGAAACUAUCCAUGCAUUUGAGCUUGACACUGGAGUAAAAUUUUUAAACAGUCAUCACUUUCCUAAAACAUCCACAGAAGCUCCUGCUGCAGAGUUCCUGUGUAAAGAAGGUUCUGUCAUCCAGAGUAAGGGCUUCAGAAACAGGAAAAAAAGUGCUAAAGAAAAUGGACAAGAAAACUGCACUUUGGAAGCUAAUGUGGAUACACAGGUUACGGAUACCAGGGUCAAAAGAUGUCCCCUAAGAACCAAAACCCAGAAAUGUGGCUCCAAAAAAGGGAUUUAUAUAGAGUUUGGCUCCGAUUCAUCUGAAGAGCUUUUUAAACAGGAAAGCAAUACUGGGUAAAUUUCAUCUAAAGAAAAGCUAGAAGAAUUUCAGAGUGCUGGGAAGGGGAGUGAAUAUUCUGGCAAUACACAGCCUGACAAGCUGGGUGCUAAAGAAGUAACUCUAUCAAAUGUCAUAGGUGAAAGUGAUUUAUCGAAGGAAGGCUUGAGCAAGAAACGCACUUGGAACAUCGCUGAAUAUGCUGAACCUGGCCAAGUGAAUGCGACUGAAUACCAGAGUUCUCCCUCAAAUGUUCUUGCUGUAGACCUCCUCACAGAGCAGUGUGACAGAAUAAGUAAUGCCAGUCCCUUAAGGAAUGGUGGGGAUAUGUCUUUGUUUAAGAAUACAGGAGAAAUGGAUGCAGAGCAAACUCAGUGCAAUAGUAAAAGCAAAAAGUUUGCCUUAAAAGAUAUCUCAGAGAGCAGGUUGAAUGAAAGCAAGGAAAUAGAUGCUGUUGUACAAAGUGUGGAAGCUGUGGAAAUGUAUGCACCUGAUUAUGAUUCUUUCCAUGAAAAAGAACAUCCUCUGGAGAAGCUACUUCAGCCAGAGCCACUUCACUGUGCCACCCUGAAUCAAGUCUCUAGGAAGAGACUGAAGCGAAGCAUUCAGAAAGUCAAUGAAUGGUUUUCAAAAAGCAACGAUACUGUGUCCUCCAAUUCUUCCCAGGAUGAUUCUGCUGGAGCAACUGAUGUUUCAAGUGGAGGAGAUACAUAUUUAUCAGAUAAAGAUUUGUGUAUUUCAGAAAAGACUAACCCUAUGGUAGAUUCUAUGGGAACUGCAGUGGUUGAAGGAAACAAGAGACAGUCAAAACAAACAGCAGAUAGCAUCAAAGACAAAAUAUUUGGGAAAACAUACAAGAGAGAGAGGAAGUCAAAUCCCAAUAUUAUCUCAAGAGACAUUUUACCUACUGCAAAAAAGGAAGAUGUGGCUGCUGAUGAGAAGUGCUUGAAUAAUUCCAGUAAAGACAGACUAAAACGAAAAAGUAAGACUGCCCGUGUCCUGCAACCUGAGGAUUUAAUCAAGAAAAAAGAUAUAGAGGGGGCAGAUGGGUGUCCUCAAGGUGUUAACUGGUGCCUUGGAGAAGCUGAAAAGAAAAGAUGUGAUGAAAGUUCUGCUGUUAAUGAGGGUCAGCUCUCUGAGAAUAGAAAGGAUAAUAUACUAGCAGAACUUGAGGAAGGAGGAGGAUCCAUAUGGAAAAAAGCUACUGAAAAGGCGACUGGCAAGCACUGUGAUGGAGAACUAGAACCAAAUAGCUGUGAUCAGAAAAGCACUAAAAAAAGAGGUUGUGCAGCAAAAAGAUGCAGGCGUUCCACUAGAACCAUGUGUGCUCUGCAGUUAGUAGUAGAUAGAAACUCUGUUUCCCCUGAUCCAGCUGAGCCACAGAUUGAUAGCUAUCCAAGCAGUGAAGAACCAAAGAAAGUUGAUUCUGAGCAAAGACAAGUCAGGCGCAGCAGGAGGAUUCAGUUACUUUCUGAAGAAAUUACAAAAGAAAUGGGAAAAGGAGGAGCAGUUAAGAGAGUAAGAAAGCAUGACAGUGAUCAUGAAGGGUCUUUCUCUGGAGUCCAAAGGAAUCUGUUAGUUCACACCUCUGAAUGCAAAGACCCACGUGAGCCCCAGGGUACGUUGAGUCACAAACCACUCACUAACCUGAAGGGUGGUGAUCUGGAAGCAAAUGAAAUACAGAUUAAUCUAAAGAAUUCAUCUGACACUGCAGAAACUGGAAAAAGUCUCCCCAAUCCUACAUCUUUGCGUAAGCAUUCAAAUUGUAGUUCCUUUGCAGCUGAUGCAGGUUCUCAAGAAGGUGAAAUACUAGGUAGCCCUUUCCUCCCACAGUCUCCUUCAAUGGCUGUUGUGCAAACUGGUUCCCACCUGACUGAAGAGAUGACUGGAGCAUGUACUGCUUUUCCCCAGGAUAAUGGACAUGAUACACAAAACAUUCCAGGGGACUUCAGAACUGAGGAGUUGCCAGUGGCUAAAAAUGUUCCAGAAUUGACCAAGGAAGCUGAAGAUAGUGAGUUAGACACACAGUAUCUGCGAAAUAUAUUUAGGCAUUCAAAACGCUUAUCAUUCAGCCUUUACCCUACUCCCAUGAAGGCAUGUUCAGUAGAAGAUGCUGCUUCUGAAACUUUAAAAAUAUCGUGUGUGGAUCAGGUAGAAAAUAAGCAUAGCAAAUAUUUAAAAACUGACAACUUACAAGAAGAGAAAACAACUGCGGAAAGCUUGAGUAUGGUUUGCGAGAAAGAGAAGCUUGAGACCUAUGAAUCUGCUUGUGUCAGUCCUGAGCCUCACUUUGUUGUCAGCGCUGAAUGUACACACCCAGGAGAACAUGAAGAAGAUGCUUCACAGGUUGAAAAUCAGGGGAAUCUGAGGCCAAUAAGAAUGGGCGCUGCUAGGACUGAAGACAAAAACAGAUCGCAAAAAGGAGAGCAGGGCAAUGGAAAGAGAGUGUCAGCUGAUAUAGGGAUAGAAAGCACAUUGACACAGAAUCCAGUCAAAGGUAGUAGAAGCCAAAGUGACCAGAGGAAUACAGAAGAGCACAUUUUCGAAAGAGCCAAUUUAAACACAGUCAGUGAUGAAAUAUGUUUCAGUUCAGAAAGCGAUCAAGCAGGAAGGGCUGAAGUUGCUGAUGGCAAAGGACCAAUAUUACAUUUUCAGUCCAGGUCAAUGAUUUGUCCUGCAACUUGUCAGAAAAGGCCUGCUGAAUUUAGCUGUGAAGUCAUUGGGCAAAAAAGUAGCAAAAGAGGAAGAAAACAAGUGAAGGGGAAUGAAGAACAAGCAACUCAAACUGCUAGCACAGGGAUACCCGAGUGUUUAGUUGCAGAGGCUCCAGAAGAACCUCUUAAAGGGGAUAGUGAUUUUACAGGUUUGUCUGAAACCCCUGAUGGCUUACUGUGCUCUGAUGAUGAUAUUGAAGAGAACACUAGCUUUUCUGAAACUGAUAGAAGAGAGAGAUCUGCUGUGUUUGUAAAAAGAAGUGACAAUGCCUUGGCUGAAGAAGUAAACAAUAGAAAUGUUAGUUCUCAGCCAAGAUCUCAAGGUAUUCAAAGAUCUCGAAGAAAAGCACGGAAACUGCGUUCUUCAGAUGAAGAAUCUAGUGAGGAUGAAGAUUUACCAUGUUUUCAGGCAAUAAUAUUUGGCAAAUCAGUAAGCACACCUUUGCAGAUCAAUAAACAAGUGACACCUGUGGUAGGGUCUUCAGUAAGUCCCAUCACAUUGCCUCACAGGGGAAGUCACGAUGACAAUAGUAGGCAGAAAGUGCCUGAAGCUGCGCUAAGUAGUGGGUGUGUUUCACCAAGCCAGGAGUCGGAAUGCUCCAUCAACUUAUUUUCUUCCCAGUCCAACUUGUCUGAAGAAUCAGUUGACGGAGCACGAGCACUAAAGAAACCUUUAAUGAAACUUCAUACAUCCAAAGAAGUGAGCAAUGUGAAUGAGAGUGAAGAAGCUUUUCAAAGUAGUAAUGGAGGGUUGAAGAGAAGCAAAACUAACUUCAAAGAUGAAUGCCAAGAAGACCCAAACAUGGGAGCAAACCCAGGUGAAGCAUCUGGAUAUGACAGUGAAACAAGUAUUGUAGAAGAUUCGUGUGGACCAUUCUCUCAGGGUGAAAUCCUUACUACACAGCAGAAGAAUGCUAUGCAAAAUAACCUAAAAAAACUUCAGCAAGAAAUGGCUGUACUUGAAGCAGCGCUAAAGCAGCAUGGAAGUCAGGAAUCUGAAUUUUUACCUAUCCAUAGGAAACUGCCACGUUCCAGUAGCAAAGGAACACUUGGAAUGGAACAAAUGCAACAAGAAAGAGAAAUCGCAGAUGAGCAGAAAUCUGGAACCAGGCUAAAUAGUGCAUCUGUCUUAUCAAAUCUUUCUGGAAAUGUGACCAGGAGUCCAAAUAACUCUUCCUCCUCUGUAAGGCUUCUUAACCCCCGAACGGCAGAACCAACAAAUGGUUCUGUUGUAGCUCAGGAUGCUAAUGAAAGCUGUACUCAAGAACGUAAAUCGAAGAGGAGUGUGUGUUUUCCUUUGUCUGCUCUGCACAAUGCAGCUGGGAAAGAAAAUGCUGCAAGUCCAGUUGUGACUAACAGGAAGGAAAUGUCAAUUGUGGCAUCAGGUCUGAAUCAAAGUGAGCAUUUGGUGGUCCAGAAGUUUGCAAGAAAAACUCGGAGUACUUUAUCUAAUCACAUUACUGAAGGAACAACCCACGUCAUAAUGAAAACAGAUAAGGAGCUGGUGUGUGAACGGACACUGAAGUACUUUCUGGGUAUUGCAGGAAGAAAAUGGGUAGUUAGUUAUCAGUGGAUCAUUCAGUCUUUUAAAGAAGGAAGGAUACUGGAUGAGGAGAACUUUGAAGUUAGAGGAGAUGUAAUCAAUGGGAGAAACCACCAAGGUCCUAAGAGGGCUAGGCAGUCUCUGACUGAAAAGAUCUUUAAAGACUUUGAGAUCUGUUGCUAUGGACCUUUCACUGAUAUGACUACAGAACAUCUGGAAUGGAUGGUGGAGCUUUGUGGAGCCUCUGUAGUGAAGCAGCUUCAUCUGUUCACGCACACAACAAAUUCUACUGCUGUUGUGGUUGUGCAGCCAGAUGCUUGGAUGGAAAACAUGGAUUAUAGAGCAAUCCAGCAAAAGAACAACGUUGCCAUGGUGACUCGAGAGUGGGUAUUAGACAGUGUUGCUUGCUAUGAAUGCCAGGCGUUUGAUACUUACCUUGUGUCCUAA